AAGGUCGCAUGGGAGUGUGAGCUGCAGGAGCAGCCAAGCCCGGGGCUGUGCACUGCUCCAGGACGGUCUCCACCUCUUCUGGCAAGUUAGACCUAUGAGUGCGCAGCUCAGCUCUCCAGGAUCCCCAGUCCACAAGCAGCGGCACAGCCCAGGCGAGGGGCACAGGACCCAGCUCGCCCCAGCCCACGGCUGGCUGCCGGAGACUCCUUUCAGUGCCUCAUACUCCAGUGAGCCCCGAAGGGAUGCCUGCAGCUAUGCUCCUCUACGCAUGCGUCCUGGUGCUCUUGAGAGCUAACAUCAUAGAAACAGCUGGGAUUACAGGAGAUGGCCAUCUACACUGGGAGCCCCAAUGUCAGCAGCCAGUGCCUAAUGGUAUGCCCAUCACUAUUGUCCUGCCCCCACACAUCAGUGGGUCCUGGAUCUCCACUGGCAGCUGUGAGGUACGUCCGGGACCAGAAUUCCUCACCCGCUCCUACACCUUCUAUUCCAACCGUCUAUUCCGAGCCUACCAGUUCUACUACAGGGACCCCUCCUGCCAGGAGCCUGCCCACUCACUCCUCAUCAAGGGCAAAGUUCGUCUGCGCCGGGCCUCCUGGAUCACUCAGGGUGCCACCGAGGCUGACUACCAUCUUCACAAGGUGGGCAUAGUCUUCCACAGCCACCAUGCCCUGCUUGACACUGCCAGGCGCCUCAACCAGACCCAGGCUGGCCAGGAUUGUACAGGACAGCUGCCCCUAGACCGGGCCUGGCUGCCAGGGACACUGUAUGAGCUGCUGAGUUCCCAGGUACCAGGUGACUGCCUGGCUGCACUAGGCUUCAGCAUGAAUGAACUCAGUCUGCUGCGCCUGCAGCGUCACAUGCAACAACAGCCUGGGGUAGCACCCCAUCUAGUCAAGGAGCUGUUCCUUGGGGAUGUCCACACCGACUGGACAGAGAGGCAGCACUACCGACCCACUGGCUACCAGUGCCCCCUGCAAAGUGUCCUGCACCACACUUGGCCCUGCCUGGCCUGCAGCCUCAUUGCCUGCUCUGAUGAGCACCACCCACCUGUGCUGCCCUCCCGGCCAUCGCUGCCACUGCACCUGGGUGGCCACUGGGUCAGCCUGGGCUGCGAGGCCAGGCCUGCUGUGCUGUUCCUCACUCGGCUCUUCACCUUUGACGACCACAGACGCUCCUGGGAAGGACACUACCGCCAUUUCUCGGAUCCUGCUUGCCGUCAGCCCACUUUCACCGUGUUUGCCGCAGGCCACUACUCCAGAGGCACCCCAUCCCCACGGGUCCACGGUGGUACUGAGCUGAUGUUUGAGGUUACACGGGCCCAUGUGGCCCCCAUGGACCAGGUUACUACAGCCAUACUCAACUUCUCCAAGCCAAGCAGCUGUGGAGGCCCAGGGGUAUGGUCAGUAGGCACUGAGAGGGAUGUCACAGCCACCAACGGGUGCCUACCACUGGGCAUCAGGCUCCCACAUAUAGAGUAUGAGCUGUUCAAAAUGGAACAAGAUGCCCGGGGGCAGAGCCUGCUCUUCAUUGGGCAGAGGCCCACAGAUGGGUCCAGUCCGGACACUCCUGAGAAACGCCCCACCUCCUUCCAGGCACCCCUGGUGCUCUGCAAGAGGCAGGCCCAAGGGGCCCCUAGUCCCUCACUGCACAGGCCUCCAAUGCAGAAUCCCCCCAUUGGGUGGGCACCAUAUCUUCCUGUCAUCCCUCUCCCCAUACUCCUCCUCAUUCAAGGACUGCCCCCCUUUGAAUGGCUAUGACAUCAGUCUUUGACUUCCAGGUGGCCCCUUGGACACUGUGUGGCCCUGCAGAUCCCCACCUGGCUCUGUGC